CGCCGCCCUGGAGGGCCCAGCCAGUGGGCGGCCACCGUGCCCAGCGGCGAUGGAGACGGCAGAGAUGGAGAUGGGCAGCUCCUCUUGCCAGGCACAAACAGACAAAGCGGAGUGGGCGAGAAGCAGUGAGCCACGAGACAACCGUGGAGGGCCGAUCCAUGGGCCACCCCCGUCCUCGCCGGUCAUUGCAUCACAGUACGAGCAACUUCCCGCCGAGACGAGGGUGCAUGUUGAUGGAGGCUUUCCCGUCUCUUCUCCUUCACCUCCUCUCUCUCUCCCUUCUGCUUCUACGCCCUCAGCAGAGUGCCGGUCCAUCCAUUGCUGUCGACCAGCGUCCCAAGCGGUGCUGCUUCGUCCGGAUCACGACAUCGGUAUCGACGUUCGACAUUCGACUUCGACAUCGCCCGCGCCAAAGACGAGCCAUCCCGCAGCGACCACGAUUGCAACAGUCCCUCCUUUACACGGCCGGCCGGCAGCACAACGCGGAAUCACAGGUUGCAGUGCAGCAUCACGACAGGACAGGGUAGCGAUUUCCCUGGUGCAGCAGCAGUGUCCAGCAGAAGAAGUACAGCGAAAGGCCACCGGCUCGACUACAUUCGAACGCAUCAGGCCGGCAUUUCCACAUUGACGCAGGAGAUACGUUGCAGCAUCCCUUUGGCUUCUGUCGUGUGCACUUGGGCAAUGUUGCAAGGUCUUGCCAUGCAAGUGAGCAGACAACGAACUCUGAGCCCGCACCCAAGGCGUCCUGGGCACCUGGUCAAGACCCUUGAAUUCUAGAGACCCCAUCUCGUCCAUUCCUUCACCCCAGUCGUCUUCCUGCGCAAGGUUGUCC